AUGGCCGUCAUCACGGUCGUCUCGAUACUCGGGACUCAAGUGAACGCCGACCCUGGUCCCAUAACUAAGGUUGAUUGCUACUCCCAAGUCCCCAACUUCAAAAACAAUGGAACCUUCCAAUGGCAAAGUAAUGGACAUUGCCAGGGGGUAUGCGUUGAUAUGGGAUCCCCCGUUAUGGCGUUGACGGGAGGUAAUACCUGCUUGUGUGGUGACGAGCUUCCGCCAAAUGCAACAAAGACUAGUGGGUGUGACCUCACAUGCAACGGCUACCCUCCAGAUGGAUGCGGCGGAAAAAGCGCCUACGAAGUCUUCCUGACCGGCAUGACCUCUUCCGUUCCCAUCAUGGAUCAAAGUUCUGCCACCACCGCCGCUUCUACCUCCUCCACCACAACCGGCGUUUCCGUCAUCACUCAAGCCGGACAAACAAUUGUUGUCACCGCCUCUAGUGCUGCCAACUCCUCGAGUGCUCCUCAGUCGAGUGGUGUGAAUACUGCUGGAAUUGCUGCCGGGGUGGUUGUUGGCGUUGUUGCUCUGUCUGCUAUUAUUGGGGCCGCCUUCUUUUUCAUGCGCCGCAGGAGGGCUAAGCAACUUGAGGAGGAGUAUCGUAGGAAUGCCGAAAUCAACGCUUUCGCCCAGAAGAAGCCAAACACUCCCAGCUCAGAUUCGAGAUGGGAUGGUGAUUACAUGGCUCAGCGCCGCCAAAGCAAUGGUAGUAUCGACGACGACCAAGAUUUCUCCAGGAGAAUCCUCCAGGUACGAUAUCUCUGUUUUGCCACAAUUUUGGAAUGGUUAAACUGA